AACGCUGGGGCUCGGCGUGGCCGUGGGGACAUGGCUCUGCCAGGGCCCUGCCAGUUGUCACCUCCAGCCUUCCUCGCCUGUGAUGGGAGGAGGGUGUCCACACCAACACGGUGACAGAGAACGUGCCUUGGCUGGUGAAGCGAAGUGACAGGGCCUGCUAGACACCCUGCUGAGCCCACCACCCGCAGGGUCUCACGGGGAGGUGUCCCUGCUGUCCCCACGGUGCCAGCUGGCGCCAGGGCCAGGCCAGCCCCCAGGCUCACCCCGUGACGGCGCGGUGCAUUGCCCCUGGAAAAUGCCAGCGCGGUCAAAUCGUUGAGUCAUUUGUGCCCAAGAUUAUCUGUGCAAACAGCCACCCCGAAUAUUUUUUUUUUUUUAUUAUCAAAUUUUUUUUUUUCUUUUUCCCUAAGAAUGUGGCUCAGACCAUGGGGAUGAGCAGCUGAAAUCUCCAGGGAUCAGCAGGACAAUGCCAGAGCAAGCAUUGUGCUGACGGCUCUGCAAACGCUGGCACCGGUUCCCGGCCAGCAGUACCCUAUAAAAGCUGAGCCGCUGAAGUAGGCAAACAUUACAUGGGCGAAGCAGCAGUACCGCCUGAGCUAGACACCGAUCCAGUAGCAAAGAUGGCUCAGACAAACCCUCUGCCUGUUCCCAUGGGCCCGUGGAAGAGCGUUCGGAGCAGAGGCCGGGAGAACCGCCAGCCACAGCCCUGCCACCCGCCCGUCCCAGAACGGCUCCGCUCCUCUCUCCGGACGGCACCGCUGCCCCGGGAGCUGCUGUCCGCAGGGAUCACCGUGUACGACCAAGAAAACUUCCAGGGCAAGAGGAUGGAGUUCACUUCGGCCUGUCCAAACAUCAUGGAAUGUGGCUUCGACAAUAUCCGCUCCCUGAAGGUGGAAUGUGGCGCCUGGGUGGGUUAUGAGCACACCGGCUUCUGCGGGCAGCAGUUCAUCCUGGAGAGGGGAGAGUACCCACGCUGGGACGCCUGGAGCGGCAGCAACGCCUACCACAUCGAGCGCCUGAUGUCCUUCCGCCCCGUCUGCUCCGCUAACCACAAGGAAUCCAAGAUCACCGUUUUCGAGAAGGACAACUUCAUCGGCCGCCAGUGGGAGAUUGCUGACGACUACCCCUCGCUGCAGGCCAUGGGCUGGGCCAACAACGAAGUGGGCUCCAUGAAGAUCCAGUGUGGAGCCUGGGUGUGCUACCAGUAUCCCGGCUACCGUGGCUACCAGUACGUCCUGGAAUUUGACCACCACGGUGGAGACUACAAGCACUGGAGAGAGUGGGGUUCGCACGCCCAGACCUCCCAGAUCCAAUCUAUCAGGCGUGUCCAGCAGUAGCUCCUCACUUCCCAGUCCAUCUCUGCAAGGUUUCGAAAGCUCACCAGCUCCCUCUUGGUGCUAAUACUCCCCUCCCGAAAUAACCAUCCCCUCUCGUUCUGCCACUGCUUAUGGAACAACACUCCCAAAACGGUACCGACUGCCACAAUUGCCAAUAAAUGUGACUGAAA